CCUGUAUCCAAUGCCAGCCCACCGAGAUCCAUGACAACCGAAAUGGAUUAAUGGCCGCUGUGCAGUGGCCCCCCAGAUACAUACAGCCGGAAUGCACUCGUCCUGUCGAGACGUCGCGACGGCGCAUCGUCGCGCAGAGUACGAUUUGUCUCUCUGCUUCUCCUGUCCAGUCUUCUCCUGCCAUAUGUUGCGGAUGUGUGUCUUUCCGCCGUGAAUACUGCGAUCCCAGCUUGAACAUCGCAGCCAGCCACGCUCGCAACACCAUCUCCAUCCGACAUGGACGCGAACAAAUGUUGUUCAAUCCCUCAAUGCGCCCGUCUUUUCCCUUCCCCGCCGCCUCUCGCUCGACGCGCAGCCGCAUCACUGCCAUCCGAUUGCGACGAACCAUAAGCAUCGUACGUUAGACGCGCACUCGCAUCGCCGCUCUCAGGUCGUAAAGGGUCGUAUGUGUCGUUCUGUUGUGGACGCCAGAACUGUUGUUGGUGCGGCGAUCGCAAACCCAACCCCUGGCCCGGCAUCAUCAGCGGCGGCGCAAAGGCCGUUUCAUUCGCGUACGCCGGGGCUGGCUGAGCGAACGCUGAUUCACUCGCGUACGGCUGGCUCGGUGGAGCAAAAGCCGACUCAUUCGCGUAUGGUUGGGUCAAAAGGACUGGCGGCGCGUGUUGGAAAGGAAUGUUCGUCUGCCACAUCGGCUGCGGCGCGGUGGGCGUGUAUGGACUCGAGGAAUGGGGAUCGUGAGGCGCGUAAGUGGAGUGGAAGGGGGCGACGUCGGCGCUGGACGAGGGCUGGUGGAAGGGCAUGUACGGCGGCUGUGGUGGGUACGAUGAGAGCACGGGUGGGAAUUGUGGGUGGCCUAUGCCGGGGAUGGUGGUGCCGGGAUAUUGCCAGGGCGAGGAGUCGCUGUUUGGCGAUUGUAGGGGAGAAGGAUGGGCGUAGGCUGGUCCGGCUGGUGGAUGUUUGGUCAGAUCACGAGCUGCACCAGAAGAUAUUCAAGUACCGCGAACUCACCUGCUGCAUGACCGGGGGCCAUGGGGUACGGAUAAUUCGGGGGGCCGCUCGUGAGUGGAGGCGGGUGCCGGUAAAAGUGUCCCUCUCCAUCCAUCGAGCCGUCGUCGUCCGGAGUGCGGCUGGCAGUCGACAAGUAUUCGCCAUUGUUGGAGGCGGGCGACUCUUCUUCUGAUCCGACUCGGCGCUCCGGCGGUUCGAAAACGCACUCUCGCCCGGACGCCUGACAGUUCUGGCACGGCUCUUGCGGAUCUGCGGAACUGCGAAGGCAGCGGAUCUUUCGAUGGCGGCACCAUGCUGUUGAUGAAUGUCAGCGAUAAGGUAUUGGCGCGUGCUGGCGCGCGCACGCCCAUGUAAACA